UAAAGAUGUGAAAGAACCAAUGGCUUUUCCAUACGAGUGCAUACACAGAAAAACACCACUUCCAAAUGCAAAUGCAAAUGCAAAACCCCUCGAAAGCCUAAAACCCUCACAAAAACACGAAACCCUCCAAAUUCUUCGCCACCAAAAAUGUCCGCCGCCAGGUCCGUCCUCCGCUCUGCCGCUUCGCGAGCGACCGCAGCGACCAGAGUCGCCUCCGCACCCAAGCCCAUGCUGCGACCGGCCUGCUCACCCUUUCGGAUCUCCAAGCAAAACCCGCUCUCGUCUCGCAUUUUCAGGUCACCGGUGGAGCUGAGCUGCUGUGUGGAAACGAUGCUUCCGUAUCACACAGCAACUGCUUCGGCUUUGCUGACUUCGAUGCUUUCCGUCUCUCGCCGAAGCGCCGGUUGGACCCCUGAAGGACUCGAUGCAUUUAUUCUCCCUGGUCGAAUGUGAAAAUCCGACGUUAUGUAACAUUUGUUCUGUGAGCGUCCGGAAGUAGGUAUCCAAUCAUUUUUUAUUCUUACAAGUUAAAUACCAGUUAUCACCAAGUUUAAUGUUUCUUCUUCCUGGUCCUUACCCUUAUCAUGGAUAGCAUGCUUUAGUGAAUAAAUUUUGCAGGUAGACUUGUAGUUGUUGUAUCCCCAUGGAUGACUUAAUUCUUACUAAAAUCCGCUAACUGCUUUAUUCCGAGUAGCAUUAAUUUUCUACCUAGUAAACCAACCAAGCAACUUUAGCAGCUUUCAUACUGUCAAUCUUUCUUAUUGCAUACAAAAUAAAUCCAUGUAUCAUCCUAUGUAAUAUUUUCUGCCCAGAUUCCUACAAUAAAUCUAUGAAAUACAUUUUACUAAUAUUUUUUAUUCAGAUCACAAUAAACUCAUGGAACACUACACUUGAGCUUAAAGAAGGCUUGCCCCAAUUAUUUGAAUAUGAACCCUUUUGCAGUCCAAUCUUGAACAUUGCAGCCUUUUGCCACAUCAAUCAAAUUAAUCUUCGAUACAAAUAUGAAAUGCAAUUUCUGUUCCCAAAACUUUCCUGAACUUUUAAUAAUUUCAAAGUAAAACCAUAAAUUGAGAACAUCUUGAUAUAUAUGACAUAUAUUGUUGGGGUGGUUACAUGUGAGAAAGAAUCCCAUAUCAUUAAGGAAUGAAAUGAGAUUGUUCAGCCUGGUCCUUUUCACCGCCCAAAUAAAACCAGAACACAAAAGUUACGCAUCACGUAUGGAUAUUUAACAAUUGAAAACUUGCAAGUACAUC